AUGAAGCUUUUGUACACGACAUUUGACGUAAUGGUAUCUGUUUCAGAAAUAAAAAAUCAAAUACUGGGUUAUAGGGUCAAUAAUAUAUACGAUGUGGACAAUAAAACAUAUCUUUUAAAACUUGCUAGCACGAAGUCUGACGACAAGGCGAUAUUGCUUUUAGAAUCUGGCUCACGCUUACAUAUUACUGAUUUUGACUGGCCUAAAAAUAUCAUGCCGUCAGGAUUUUCCAUGAAGCUGCGUAAACACAUACGAAACAAGAAGAUCGUUGAUAUCUCCCAAGUCGGAGCCGAUCGCGUUGUUGAUAUCCAGAUUGGUUAUGAGUCGUCUGCUUAUCAUUUGAUUGUGGAGUUGUACGAUCGGAGUCAAUUUCCUGAAGUAUAUUAUGAUCCGUCAUGA